AUGAGGGGCCUGCUGACAGAAGGUCUUCUCAGCCCUGGGCUGUCAGCCUCCUGCGGGAAGAAACUCUGCAGCCACGGGAGCAGGUGCUUGCUCAAUAGGACAACAGGACAGCCCUUGUGCCACUGUCUGGAGGUGUGCAGGCCCCGCUACAUGCCUGUGUGCGGCUCCGAUGGGAGGCUCUACGGGAACCACUGCGAGCUUCGCCGUGCAGCCUGCCUGCUGGGCAAGCGAAUUGUCAGUGUACACAGCAAGGACUGCUUCCUCAAAGGUGACAUGUGCACCGUGGCUGGCUAUGCUCGUCUCAAAAAUGUCCUUCUGGCACUUCAGAGCCGCAGAAAGCCGCUCCAACAAGGAACCCACAGACAAAGCCUCGCCUCCCAGAAGCGCCUCUUGGUGGAGUCACUGUUUAAGGGCUUGGAUACCGAUGGCAAUGGCCACCUCAGCAGCUUGGAGCUGGCUCAGUAUGUGCUAAAGGAACAGGAUAUGGAUGGUUCACUGAACAGAUGCUCACCAGGCGAUCUCCUGCGAUUUGAUGACUAUAAUAGCGAUGGCUCCUUGACCCUCAGAGAGUUCUACACAGCCUUCCAGGUGAUUCAACUGAGCCUCGCCCCUGAGGACAGGGUCAGUGUGACCACAGUGACUGUGGGCCUGAGCACAGUGCUGACCUGUGCUAUUCGUGGAGACCUGAGACCACCAAUCAUCUGGAAGCGCAAUGGGCUCACUCUGAGCUUCCUGGGCCUGGAAGAUAUCAAUGACUUUGGCGAGGAUGAUUCCCUGUACAUCACCAAGGUGACCACAAUCCACAUGGGCAACUACACCUGCCACGCCUUGGGCCACGAGCAGCUGUUCCAGACCCACGUCCUGCAGGUGAAUGUGCCACCAGUCAUCCGUGUCUAUCCAGAGACCCAGGCCCAAGAACCUGGGGUGGCGGCCAGCCUUCGAUGCCAUGCUGAGGGCAUUCCCCUGCCCAGAAUCAUAUGGCUGAAAAAUGGCAUGGAUGUCUCAACCCAGAUGUCCAAACAGCUCUCCCUCUUGGCCAAUGGAAGUGAACUCCACAUUGGCAGCGUUCGCUACGAAGACACCGGGGCAUAUACCUGCAUUGCCAAGAAUGAAGUGGGUGUGGAUGAAGAUAUCUCCUCCCUCUUCAUUGAGGACUCCGCUAGGAAGACUCUGGCAAACAUCUUGUGGCGGGAAGAAGGCCUCAGUGUGGGAAACAUGUUCUAUGUCUUCUCCAACGAUGGCAUCGUUGUCAUCCAUCCUGUGGACUGUGAGGUCCAGAGACGCUUGAAACCUACAGAGAAGAUCUUCAUGAGUUAUGAAGAAAUCUGCCCUCAUGCGGAAGGAGAUGCUACCCAGCCAUGCCAAUGGGCCUCUGCAAUCAAUGUUAGGAACCGGUACAUCUACGUGGCCCAGCCAGCACUGAACAGAGUCCUUGUGGUUGAUGUCCAAGCCCAGAAGGUCUUGCAGUCCAUAGGUGUGGACCCUCUGCCAGCUAAGCUGUCCUAUGACAAGUCACAUGACCAAGUGUGGGUCCUGAGCUGGGGAGACAUACACAAGUCCCAACCAAGCCUACAGGUGAUCACAGAAGCCAGCACUGGCCAAGGCCAGCACCUCAUCCGAACACCAUUUGCAGGAGUGGACGAUUUCUUUAUACCUCCAACAAAUCUCAUCAUCAACCAUAUCAGGUUUGGCUUCAUCUUCAACAAGACUGACCCUGCUGUCCACAAAGUCGACCUGGAGACUCUGAUGACGCUCAAGACAAUCAGCCUACGGCACUAUGGCUGCAUGCCUCAGGCCAUGGCACACACCCACCUUGGCGGUUACUUCUUUGUGCAGUGUCAACAGGACACCCCUACUUCCACUGGCCCACAGCUGCUCAUUGACAGUGUCACAGACUCAGUGCUAGGCCCCAACAGUGACAUCACAGGCACCCCCCAUGUGUCCCCUGAUGGACGCUUCAUCGUCAGUGUCUCCAACAACAGCCCCUGGUUACACGUGCAGGAGGUCACAGUGCGGGGGGAAAUCCAGACUCUGUACGACCUAAAAAUAAACCCAGGCAUCUCCGACUUGGCAUUCCAGCAUUCCUUCACAGAAGGUAAUCAGUACAAUGCCUAUGCCACUCUCGACAAGGAGCCAGACCUGCUGUUCCUGGAGCUGUCCACUGGGAAGAUGGGCAGGCUGAAGAACUUAAAGGAGCCACCCAGAGGGCCAGCCCCACCCUGGAGUGGACCCCGCAGAGUCUUGAGAGACAGCGGGCUCUUUGGACAGUACCUCCUCACACCAGCUCAAGAGUCACUGUUCCUGGUCAAUGGGCGACAAAACACCCUGAGGUGCGAGGUGUCAGGCAUAAAGGGUACGGCCACAGUGGUGUGGGUCGGGGAGGUAUGAAAGGGUCCAGUAAAGAACCACCCUCAUCCUGACACCGCAGCCCCAACCAGGCGUGCUGUACAUUUUCACAGACAAAAACAAAAAACCAAGCCAAACCCUGUACUUCGCUUUAUGGUUCAACACUGAUCUCCUUGCAAGUUCCCUAGUAUAAGGUAUGCGCUGCAACCAAGAUUGGGGGGUUUUCAUCCAGAAGUAUGAUUUAAUACCUUGAGCUAUGACAAGAACACAUGCUACUGUGUGCAGGAAAAUCAUCUCUGUGCCCGGCUGCACACCAUGUUGCCUGGGGACAUCACAGAACUGAGGGAUUCUGCUGCCCAGGCUGACACUUCCGUCAGUUGCCUUCACGUAGUCAUCUUAACCUGCCAGCCCCAGCCAGUCUGUGCCCUGAAGGAGCAGCCUGAGCAGCAGGCUGUCCCUCUCAGCAGGCUAACCUUCUACCCUGCUGGGGACCUCACUUGCACCAUUGCAGAUGUUGUUUGCUUGCUUUCCCAGCUGAAUGCUAUAUCCAUGAGGGAGAGCCUCUGAGACUCACUACACCUUGUGGGAUGAGGAAAUCACUCGCUUUUAUUU